AUGAACAUCGGAAUGCGUGUCAACCGGCUGGCUCAGUUGGCAGGUCUUCAGCGAGAAGGCGACGUAGUCGAACGGGUACUGCAUCUGGCGCUGCCGGAAGCGCCCGAGUAUUCACGCCCCAGCUCGUGGAAGUUGGACUCGCAGUUGACGAUACGCCGUCGUAACUCUGCAAGUGACACUGUGCUUAGCUACCGUCUUCUGCAGGUG